AUGGCGCUUUUAUCACUGGACGUGAUUGUGCGACUUCGAAGUCGCCACGAAGAGGGAGGAGACUAUGGAUCACCAGUCACGCAAGAGAAGUUACGAGCGAUUGAAUUUGUUGUUAGAAACAUGAAGUCAACGGCACCAUGGCCUCCACCAGCUGCAAGCGAUGGAAAGCCACUUGCCAUGCCGAGCGAAGAAGCGUAUGGAGCGUUAGCCCCAUCCGUGUUCUAUUACGCACCCCUAGGUGGCCGUUUUUCAAAGGAGUUUCGGGAGGCGCUUCGGCGCGGAAUAACUCGUCUGCUCACCGAAUUAGUCUUACGACAACUGGUUAACAUGAGGCAGGAGAAAAUUACUGGGGCCCGCUCCAGCGGCAAUACAUCCGGCAUAGAAUCGUUCGUCUCCUUCCGUGGGGGCUGCCACAAUAGGGAGGUGGCUUAUGUGCACUGGUCACCUGGGUUGUUGAGCCUCCUUCUCUCCGCAGUGGAUACAAGUGAGUUGCGUUUUGAUGCGUCCCUACCACUUGGUUCGACACUGGUUCCGUUCACUAGAGAAAUGAAAGCGCCAACUGUGCAGCAGUCAACGGGCACGGAACUACUUGGUAGCCACGGUCUCCAUGGGAGUAUAAAUUACAAGAGCGGUGGCAAUGAUCACGUUCACAAGUACGAGAACUUAGUCUGUCAAUUGCACGCAGAAAUGCAGAGAAUGGAGGUCAUCCAGCAGAGCUUACACGAUGAGCGGACGGCGGACCGUCUUGCGGAUUUUCUUUACCAUUUCCAUUUGAAACCAGCGGAGCAGAUGCGAGAGGCUGGUGGUGAUGCGCUGAAGCUGCAGCGGUAUCGGGAUGCGCUGGAUUGCUACUGCAAGGCCCUAUCCACUGUGCAAAAGGGAUUGCUUGUCCCAUACCGCCACGCCUUGCGACCCCCGCCAUCACUGGAAGAUCGCGUGGAGGGGACGAUGGAGGAGGAUAUACUCGAUGAAGCGACAGCAUUUGCACUUGUAGCCAGCUCACCUUCCGCGAAAAGAGAGAGAACAUUUUUGGCACCUGCAAACAGAUACUUCAACACCCUUCUUCAACUUGAUAUCCUCGAGGCCACGGAUGGGGAAGGCAAAGAGAUCUGCGGCAUGCGUAGUGAUUCCUUGCUCUUCGGAUGUCGUGCUGUCUUUCCGCGUGCGCGUCCUCUGUUCCAUGUGUGGUACAUGCUACACCGCCAUGCAGUCGUAGCCGUUGCAAACGCGGCGCACACUCUUCUGUUAUUGCAAGCAGCGCAAACCCCAUCUUUCAAUUCCGUGAUGCCUGAGUCCGAGACAUGCGUCACUGAACUGUCAUCUAAGGAACUAAGGCACAGACAGGCGCGAGCGGGGCGAUGGUGUGGACGGGCACUAGGUAUGCUUCAGUGUAUCAAUGUGUGGCUGGGUGAUUGCUUUAAAAAUCCAGCUGCAGAAGGCGCAGCCCCGACAAGAGAGUGGAUAUGGGUUCAAUCAAUGAGGUUCAAAAUUUUACUUCGUCGGGCAAGGCUAAUGCAGCUUGUGGGGACGUUCGAGGAAUGGAAUCGUGCAGUUGAAGCAACGGAUGAGCAACUACGCGUCCUCCAAGCCCAGUCAGAUUUGUCAUGCUGUGCCUCCGAAGUUCAAGGAAUUUUAGACGAUGUUCGUGAGCGUCUUGGGCAAGAGAGGUCUCUUCUGCAACGUAACCACGACAGAGGGAGUGGGUUGGUGUUGCGGUUAUGA